AUGUCAGAUAUUCUUCAUUAUAGCUCUCUGGAAAGUAUUCAAGAUCAUGUUAGUCAUGUCCGACAAAUAUUUCUUACUGGUAAACCUCGAGAUUUAAAAUGGCGUAAACUUCAACUUCAACGAUUAUAUGAUCUUGUGAGUGAAAAUGAGGAUAAGCUUUAUGAGGCAUUAUCCAAAGAUAUGAACAAGCCAUUAAAUGAAGCCAUGAGUGGCGACAUUGCACCGAUUCUUGAUGAAUGUCUUUAUUUUAUUGAUCAUCUUGACCAAUUGGCACAAGAUCGUAAGGUUGUUCCAAGAUCAAGUGUUAAUAAAAUGGAAAAAGUGAUUAUUCGUAGAGAUCCAGUGGGAGUUGUGCUUAUUAUAGGUUCUUGGAAUUAUCCUAUUCAGUUAUCAUUAGUACCUUUAGCAGGCGCUAUUGCUGCUGGUAAUUCAGUUAUCCUCAAACUUUCUGAAGUAGCACCUUAUACUGCAGCAGUUAUCACAGAAUUAUUUCCUAAAUAUCUGGAUACAAGUUGUUAUAGAAUUGUUAAUGGUGGUGUACAUGAAACAACUGCACUUUUAAAUGAAAAGUUUGAUCAUAUCUUUUAUACUGGUAAUAGUACAGUAGCCAAGAUCAUUAUGACAGCUGCUGCGAAACAUUUAACGCCUGUUACACUUGAAUUAGGUGGUAAAUCUCCUGCCAUUAUUACUCCUGAUGCUACAAAUAUUCCUUUGAUUGCAAAUCGAAUUGCCUUUGGUAAACUCUAUAAUUGUGGACAAAUUUGUAUCGCAGUUGACUAUGUUCUUUGUCCAAAGUCAAAAUUAAAUGAAUUUAUUACUUGUUUCAAACAAACUGUUAAGAAUUGGUAUGGAUCCAAUCCUCAAAAGUCCAAGGAUUAUGCACGUAUUGUAUCUGAUCAUCAUGUUGAACGUAUAAAGAAUAUGUUAAAUGCUCGUAAAAGUGGUGAUAUUGUCUUUGGAGGUGAAAUUGAUAAAGAAGAUCGAUAUAUUGCACCUACUUUAGUUGUCGAUGUUAAAGAGAAUGAUCCUAUUUUAAUGGGAGAUGAAAUAUUUGGACCUAUUUUACCUAUUAUUACAUAUCAAGAUGUAGAUGAAACUAUCAGAAUUAUUAAUAAGAGGGAGCCUCCUCUUGCACUUUAUAUCUUUUCAAAUCAACGAAAAAUAAUAGAAAAGGUCCUGAGAAAUACUCAAUCAGGUGGUGUUUGUGUAAAUGACUGUUUAAUGCACCAAGCAGAAUAUAGUAUACCAUUUGGUGGCGUAGGUGCUUCUGGAAUGGCAACAAAUGGAAUCCGCUCUUCGUGUUCGUUAUCCUCCUUACAACGAGCGUAA